CGAAGCCUCUACAUCAUGUGUCACAUCCCCAUCUUCUGCUGGAUCACUGCCACAGUUCUGGAGGACAUGUUGAAGAGCAGAGAGACCAGAGAGCUGCCCAAGACCCUGACUGAGAUGUACAUCCACUUCCUGGUGGUUCAGGCCAAAGUCAAAAAGCUCAAGUACCAUGGAGGAGCUGGGACCAACCCAGUUUGGGAUCCUGAGAGCAGGAAGAUGAUGGAGUCUCUGGGAAAACUGGCUUUUGAGCAGCUGCAGAGAGGAAACUUGAUCUUCUAUGAAUCAGACCUCACAGAGUGUGGCAUCGACAUCACAGCUGCUGCACUUUACUCAGGAGUCUUCACACAGAUCUUCAGAGAGGAGAGAGGACUGUACCAGGACAAGGUCUUCUGCUUCAUCCACCUGAGUCUCCAGGAGUUUCUGGCUGCUCUUCACGUCCACCUGAAGUGCUUCAACUCUGGAGUCAACCUGCUUGACUUGCAGCAAACAUCCAAACUGGCAAAAAUCUUCGGACAUCACAUAAAACAGUUCUACCAGACAGCCAUAAAUGAAGCUGUAGAAAGUCCAAAUGGACAUCUGGACCUGUUCCUGCGCUUCCUUCUGGGUCUUUCUCUGCAGACCAGCCAGAGGCUCCUUCCAGGUUUGUUGACACAGACAGGAAGUAGCUCCUGGACCCAUCAGGACACAGCAGAGCUCAUCAAGAAGAAGAUAAGGGAGAGAGUGUCUCCAGAGAGAACCAUCAAUCUGUUCCACUGUCUGAGUGAAGUGAAGGACACUUCUCUAGUGGAGCAGCUCCAACAGCAGCUGAGAUCAGGAGCUCUCUCCUCUCGUAAACUGUCUCGGGAUCAAUGCUCCACCCUGGCCUUCAUCUUACUGUCCUCAGAAGAAGAUCUGGACGUGUUUGACCUGAGGAAAUACUCUGCUUCAGAGGAGGCUCUUGAGAGGCUGCUGCUGGUGGUCCAAGCUUCAAAGAAAGUCCUAGUGAGCAACUGUGGACUGUCAGAGAGAAGUGGUUCCCUUCUGUCCUCAGUCCUCAGCUCUCCGUCCUCUAGUCUGACACAACUGGACCUGAGUGGGAACUGGGGCCUGAAGGAUGCAGGAGUGGAGCUGCUGUCUGCUGGACUGAAGAGUCCACACUGUCACCUGGAGACUCUCAGACUGAGCUGCUGUGGACUGUCAGAGAGAAGUGGUUCCCUUCUGUCCUCAGUCCUCAGCUCUCCGUCCUCUAGUCUCACACAACUGGACCUGAGUCAUAACUGGUUCCUGGAGGAUGCAGGAGUGGAGCUGCUGUCUGCUGGACUGAAGAGUCCACACUGUCACCUGGAGACUCUCAGCCUGAGCGACUGUCUACUGUCAGAGAGAAGUGGUUCCCUUCUGUCCUCAGUCCUCAGCUCUCCGUCCUCUAGUCUGACACAACUGGACCUGAGCUGGAACUGGGACUUGAAGGAUGCAGGAGUGGAGCUGCUGUCUGCUGGACUGAAGAGUCCACACUGUCACCUGGAGACUCUCAGCCUGAGCAACUGUGGACUGUCAGAGAGAAGUGGUUCCCUUCUGUCCUCAGUCCUCAGCUCUCCGUCCUCUAGUCUGACACAACUGGACCUGAGCUGGAGCAACCUGAAGGAUGCAGGAGUGGAGCUGCUGUCUGCUGGACUGAAGAGUCCACACUGUCACCUGGAGACUCUCAGCCUGAGCUACUGUGGACUGCCAGAGAGAAGUGGUGCCCUUCUGUCCUCAGUCCUCAGCUCUCCGUCCUCUAGUCUGACACAACUGGACCUGAGCUACAACAGGGACCUGAAGAAUGCAGGAGUGGAGCUGCUGUCUGCUGGACUGAAGAGUCCACACUGUCACCUGGAGACUCUCAGCCUGAGCUGCUGUGGACUGUCAGAGAGAAGUGGUUCCCUUCUGUCCUCAGUCCUCAGCUCUCCGUCCUCUAGUCUGACACAACUGGACCUGAGCUACAACAGGGACCUGAAGGAUGCAGGAGUGGAGCUGCUGUCUGCUGGACUGAAGAGUCCACACUGUCACCUGGAGACUCUCAGCCUGAGCAACUGUCUACUGUCAGAGAGAAGUGGUUCCCUUCUGUCCUCAGUCCUCAGCUCUCCGUCCUCUAGUCUGACACAACUGCACCUGAGUAAGAACUUGGGCCUGAAGGAUGCAGGAGUGGAGCUGCUGUCUGCUGGACUGAAGAGUCCACACUGUCACCUGGAGACUCUCAGUCUGUCAGGGUGCAUGAUCUCAGAGAGAGGCUGUGCUUCUCUGGCCUCAGCUCUGACCUCUAACCCCUCCCACCUGAGAGAGCUGGACCUGAGCUCCAACCAUCCAGAAGGACCAGGACUGGAGCUGCUGUCUGCUGGACUGAGGAGUCCAGACUGGAGGCUGGAGACUCUCAGGCUGGACGACUGUGGACCAGGGUGGUUAUAGAUCUGACCAGAAGAAGUUGACUCUCACAAGAGACGGAGGGAAAGAAGAGGAGUCUGAGUUUGGACACAAGCUUCUUCCUGGAGUCUGAGCUGCUCUGAUGCUACUGGAUAGAGGGUCUGUCACAUCAGAGAGAACGUGUCAUCAGGAGCUCACAAGUCUCUCACAGAGCAGCAGUGGGGAUGAACUUUGACCUUCUUCUCUGUCAUUUGUCAAGACUGACUCUGAGUCUCAGCAGCCACUCCGUCAUCACGGAGAGUGUCCAGCUCUUCUGAUCCAGCAGUUUGAUGUGGACACUUUAGGAGCCUGUAUUUCAGAGACAUGAACUUCAAAAGUGAAAUAUUUUCCAGGGUGUGAGUCUUGGUGAGUCACUGAUGUGGGGCAAAAUUUGGUGUGAUGGAUCCAGAAUCUCCGCCAUGGACGAUUCAGCAGCCACACGCUGACUGGUUGACUGUCAAGGUCAUUGAAUGACCUCAGUUUUGCACAGUGAUCAGGAUUAUUUACAGAUUAAUACAGACGCUGCAAAACAUAUGAAACCAGAGGCAACAGGAAAUGGACCAGAGAUGAGCAGAGGAAGGUGGAACAAGUGAGGGCUCGUUGAAACGAGAGCAGUGUGGGAAGCAUUCAGAUGGGCAGCAAUCCAAGCAAGGUUGAACCUCCUCCUCUGGUGUGAGCUCUCUGUGACCAUCUCUGGUGUUAGUUACCAGGUCGGUUUCAACCUGUAUCUUUCAUCAGCAGCAAAAUACACUGAAAAGAAUCAUUCAUCAUCCACCUUGUUUCUGAACUCUUUAUUGUCUAUUAUUUUUGGGGCCCUUGUGCCUUUCUUUUGACACCAGACCCCGUGUUUCCCAUAUUAAAAAAAAGUGCCAAAUGA